UAAUUAGGGGGUCAGAGGUGUAUUGUUGAUUUAUUAUUACGUGACCUCUGUUGGUUAGAUGAAACGGAUAAUCCGGCAAGGUUGCCGGAAAAUCGGUGGUGUACCUGUAAUAAUCAAUAUUUUAUUUUAUAGUAAUCGGUGAAAGGGAGAUGGAAAGAGUGAAGACGUCUGAAGCCAGAAGGUAGAGUUUGCAGGUUGGAGAAGAAAUUGGAGACUAUUCCAAAUAGAGUAGAGGCAGUAGAUAAAAAGAAGAGUAAAUUGUGGGAAAUGACAGUAGGAUUCCAACUUUCAAGAGGACUUUAAGCUUUUGCAUCCAAGGGAUGUAGUACUAGUAGUAGAAACCAAUGACUUUCAUCUAACUACAUGCUUUGACAAGAAUAUGAAGGCAAAGCUCUGAUGUAACCAUGGAAGUAUUAAAGAUGAAGGUUGAACCUUUUUCUGAUGAGGAGCAGGAUGCCAUAUUAGAUAUCAACUUGUUGAAAAAUGAAGAAACAUUUACAUUAACUAGUACAACAGAAGUAGCUGAUUCCUUAGAAGAAAGAUCUUCACAUACAAUUUUGAAGUAUGGUUAUGCAAAAGAAGAACAAGAAAAGAACUGUGAUGGAGCAUUAAAGAAACCUGAGAAUAUAUUUGCCAGUGUGAAAACAGAGCAGCCUGAUUGUUUACCUCAAGAUGAAGUCAUUUCAAAGUUCAGUGACAGCAAUGAUGAUGAUCUGGGUAGUUCAAAAUAUAUAGUUACGAAUGUGAAAACAGAAAAAGAAUUUCAAGAUUUAAAACAAACUGAAUCUAGGUUAGAAAGUGCAUCUGAUAUAAAGACUGGUGUGAACAUCUGUUAUGGAAGUCAGUUUCCUGUUUAUCAAGUUGUAAGACAAGAUCACUUUACAGAAGUCAUAAAGUCCCCAAAACCAAACGAUGUGUGUGGAAAAACAAAUUUAUAUGGAAAUAACCUAAAAGAAUGCGAUAUACAUCAAGACAGUGAUAAACCAUACAUCUGUGAAGAAGAAUUUCAAACAGUGGAUAACCUAAAACAACAUGAGUGGAUAAACACUGGAGAGAAACUAUACAGUUGUGUAGUGUGUAGAAAAGAUUUUGGCACAAAUAGUAACUUAAAAAUACACAAAAGAAUUCACACUGGGGAGAAACCUUACAGUUGUGUAGUUUGUGGAAAACAAUUUAGAACAAGUAGUACUUUGAAAAUACAUCAUAGGACACACACUGGAGAGAAACCUUACAGUUGUAUAGCGUGUGGGAAACACUUUGGAACAAAUAGUGAAUUAAAAAUGCAUCAAAGAAUACAUACUGGGGAGAAACCUUACAGCUGUGCAGUUUGUAGAAAACAAUUUCGGACAAAUGGUACUUUGAAAAUACAUCAAAGAACACACACUGGGGAGAAACCUUACGGUUGUAUAGUGUGUGGGAAACACUUUGGAACAAGUAGUGAAUUAAAAAUGCAUCAAAGAAUACACACUGGAGAGAAACCAUAUUGUUGUAUAGUAUGUGGAAAAGAAUUUGGAAUUGUUGGUAACCUAAAACAACAUGAAAGGAUACACACUGCAGAGAAACCAUAUGAGAAACCAUAUAAGUGUGCAGUGUGUGGAAAAGGAUUUGGAACAGUGGGUAACUUAAAACAACAUGAGAGAAUACACACUGGAAAGAAACCUUACAGUUGUACAGUUUGUGGAAAACACUUUGGAACAAGUGGUGAAUUAAAAAUACAUCAAAGAAUACACACUGGAGAGAAACCCUACUGUUGUGCAAUUUGUGGAAAAGACUUUAGCACAAAUAGUAAAUUAAAAGCACAUCAGAAGAUACACACUGGAGAGAAACCUUACAGUUGUAUAGUGUGUGGAAAACACUUUGGAAGAAAUAAUGAAUUUAAACUGCAUCAGAGAAUACACACUGGGGAGAAACCUUACAACUGUACAGUCUGUGGAAAAUUUUUUCGAAGAAAUAGUAAAUUAAAAUUACAUCAAAGAAUACACACAGGGGAGAAACCUUACAGUUGUGCAAUUUGUGAAAAACAAUUUCAAACAAAUAGUCAGUUAAAAAUUCAUCAAAGAACACACACUGGGGAGAAAUCUUACAGUUGUGUAGUUUGUGAAAAACAAUUUCAAACAAACAGUCAAUUAAAAAAACAUCAAAGAAUACACACUGGGGAGAAAUCUUACAGUUGUGUGGUUUGUGAAAAAUGGUUUCAAACAAAUGGUCAAUUUAGAAUGCAUCAAAGAACACACAGUGGUGAGAAACCUUACAGUUGUACAGUGUGUGGAAAACACUUUUUAACAAAUGGUGAUUUAAAGGUGCAUCAGAGAAUACAUACUGGGGAGAAACCUUACAGUUGUGCAGAUUGUGGAGAACAAUUUGGAACAAGUAGUAAAUUAAAAAUACAUAAAAGAAUACACACUGGUGAGAAACCUUACUGUUGUACAGUUUGUGGAAAAGACUUUGGAACAAAUAGUAAAUUAAAAAUGCAUCAGAGGACACACACUGGAGAGAAACCUUACAGUUGUGCUGUUUGUGAAAAUCACUUUCGAACAAAUAGUCAAUUAAAAAUACAUCAGAGAAUACACACCGGGGAGAAACCUUACUGUUGUGCAGUUUGUGGAAAAAACUUUAGAACAAAUAGUAAAUUGAAAGUGCAUCAGAGGAUACACACUGGAGUGAAACCCUACAGUUGUGCAAUUUGUGGCAAACAAUUUGGAAGUAAUGCUUGCUUAAAAAUACAUCAAAGAAUACACACCGGGGAGAAACCUUUCACCUGUGAAGUUUGUGACAAACAAUUUGGAAGUAACUCUUAUUUAAAAAUCCACCAAAGAAUACACACUGGGCAGAAACCUUACUGUUGUACAGUUUGUGGAAAAGACUUUGGAACAAAUAGUAGAUUAAAAAUGCAUCAGAGGACACACACUGGAGAGAAACCUUAUAAUUGUGCCGUUUGUGAAAAUCACUUUAGAACAAAUAGUCAAUUAAAAAUACAUCAGAGAAUACACACUGGUGAGAAACCUUACUGUUGUGCAGUUUGUGGAAAAAACUUUAGAACAAAUAGUAAAUUAAAAGUGCAUCAGAGGAUACACACUGGGGUGAAACCCUACAGUUGUGCAGUUUGUGGCAAACAUCUUGGAAGUAAUGCUUACUUAAAAAUACAUCAAAGAAUACACACUGGAGAGAAACCUUUCAGCUGUGAAGUUUGUGAUAAACAAUUUGGAAGUAACUCUUAUUUAAAAAUACAUCAAAGGAUACACACUGGGCAGAAACCUUAAAGUUGUGGAGUUUAUGGAAAACAAUUUGGAAGUAACUCUUACUUAAAAAGAAUAAACACUAAAGAGAAAUUAUGCAUUUGUGGAAACUAUCUAUGACAAAUAGUUCCUUAAAAAUGCAUCAUAAAGUAUGCUCUUGUGAGAAGCCAUAUAAUUGUUCUUUGUAUGCUAAACAAUUUGUAACAAAGGGCAAGAUUAAAAGCCAUCGUAUUGUACAUACUGAAAAAAAAACUUACAUUUGUAUAGUGUGUGAAAUAUUUAUUGGAAAUAAUGGGGACCAUAGAAAACAAAGGAAGAUUCACUCUGUGGAGUAACUAUACAAUGGAUUACGUUGAAAAACUGUGUAAUUAAUUAUAACUUAAAAAUACAGGAGAAGGAAUAUUCCAGUCCCAUAUCUGGAAAAGAUCUCUGGUAAAUGGUUAUCAAAGUACUUUGGAGUACAAUAUUCAUGUAGUGUAUACCAACUAAUAUUGAAAGUGCAGUAUAUCAAACUUUUCAAUUUUGGUCCUUAAAUUGAUAAAGAAGUAAGAUAGUCACCAAACAUGCUGUAACACAAUCUACAAUAUCUGUUAAUCUGCUCGCAAUAGAUUGAUUAUCUACAGAAUACACAAUAAGGGGUUAUAUCUUAGUUCCAUUGUUUAUUUUUUCUCUGAUAAGCUAAUCAUUCAUUGGGAUUUUAAAUUAAAAAUGUUGUCAUUAUUUCUCUACUUUACUUUAUCCCAGACUUAAGGUUGAUUGUUUUGGGUCACCUAUUAUACACCUUUAUUUGAAUCUUUGGUCAAAUACUUGUGGUGCUGGUAAUUCUAAAGUGGUUACACAGGUUUGACUUCUCUACUUGAAUCUUGAUUCAACUACUUAUGAAUAUUGUUAUAUUGAUUUGACUUCUCCACUUGGUACUUGAUUCAGCUACUUCUGAAAGUGAUUACACUAGGUUGACUCCUUUACUUAGAUUUUGAUUAACUAUUACUGAAUGUUGGGUUGACUUCUCUUCACAGUUCUUUCAACUAAUUCUGAAUAUCUUUCCAUUGGGUUCACUUCUUUAUUUUGGUCUUGAUUCAACUUCUGAAUGUUGUUACAUUGAAUUGACUUCUAACUUGGAUCUUGAAUCAUCUACUGAAUGUGGUUACAAUAGGCUCCCUUCUCUCCUUGGAUCUUGAUUCAACUACUUCUGAGUGUUAUUACAUUGGAUUGACUUCUGCUUAGGUCUUAAUUCAACUACUUCUGAAGAUGGUUACACUGGGUGGACUUCUUUACUUGCAUCUUUAUUCAUCUACUACUGAAUGUUAUUAAACUGGGUUAACUUGUCUGCUUCAGUCAUGAUUCAAGUAUUUCUGAAUGUAUAGAAUUAUACAUGGACUGUUCUUUACAUUAAAAUACUAUUUAUUUGCGAACUUUUGGCCCUCUUACCAGUCUUCAUCGGGCAACAGUGAACUGAAACAAACUUGUAUUGCUCAGUACUGUGAUGCCCGAUGAAGGCACCAGGAAGAAAGCCAAAAGCUCGUGAAUAAAAGUAUUUUAAUGUAGAGACCAAAUCUAUAUAUAAUUCUACAUAUUGAUUUACCUACAUUAUUAGUCUUGCAAAACAAUUUCUAAAUGUGGUUGUAUUGGGGUAACACGUUGCAUCAUGUAUAUAUGUUGAGAAAUAUCCUUUACUCUUCUAAGAUAACUUCAAAUACCAAGGUGCAUCAAUUUGAUACACCUACUGUAUUCUUUUAUUGCAUUAAAAUAUACUACAUAAAAUAUUUUGGAAUAUUAGAUGAACUCUAAAGAUGUGUUUCUAAAUUCACAGCUUGGAAAACAUUUGUAAUAUAUUUUGUUUUGAAUAAACAAAAUGCUUAAGCUUGUUGUAUAUUUUACUUACUGAUGAUUUUUUUUGAUUGAUCAGGAAACAAAGCACACAUUUUCACUGUGUUUACUAGUCCUGGCAUAUAAUAAAAACAUCUUUUUAUUAGGCCCAGCAUGGCCAGGUGGUUAGGGCACUUGACUCACAAUCUGAGGGUUGCAGGGUUGAAUCCCCAUCAUAUCAAACAUGCUCGCCCUUUCAGCUCUGGGGACAAUAUUAUGUGAUUAUCAAUCCCACAGUUUGUUGGUAAGAGAGUAGCCCAUGAGUUAGCAGUGGGUGGUGGUGAAUAGCUAGUGCAGAUAGCUGUCAUGUAGCUUUGCAUGAAAUUCAAAACAAAUAAAACAAAACAUUUUACUAUACCAUAAUUAUAAUCAAACCAUUUUUCUUAAAUUGUUAAUGAAAAGAUUUCAUUAACACCAAGUCUGCAGUUUGGUGAGACAAAUUUGGGGGAUUGGAUGGGUUACAGAGGAAUAUCACCAUAUGAGCCAAAAACAACAUUACUUCUGCUGUUGUUGCUUAUCUUUCAAACAGUGUAUUAACUCCUGAAACCAAAGAAAGCAGAUAUUGUCCAACAUGGGGCCACUGCUGUUUUGUGUGGGAGUUUGUAUGGAAAUAUGUAUUUUAUAUAUUCAUAGCCUGGAAAAUAGCUCGAGUUUGACCACUGGUGGGUAAUACAAACAACAGAUAUUGCAAGGAUUCAGAAUUAUAUGUCAAAAAACUACAGAAAACUGUUUUGGAACCAAUCUACUAAAACUAUCAAUGACUUGGAGUUAACCUUUUGGAUACGAGCCUGCCAAAACUGGGUCAGUUUGACUGAUAUUAAACUAAAUGAUACAAAACUCUACUUCCUAUAACUAAAUAUUUACUGAAUUUAUCUUACUGAAAUUUGGCAAGCUUUUAGUAAUGUUAAGUCUGUUAUGUACCGAAAAUCAGAUUUUUUAAAUAAAGUAUUUUUUACUAAG